GUUCCUCCCUGAUGCGAUGGUUCGCCGGUGCUUCGUCGGUGCUUCGCCGGCCGAUCUCUCCUCGUUUUUUCGCAGCGCCGGGGCCCAACCGAAUUAAUUAGCAUCCUCGGGACAGUGGGAUCGGACGCAACGGUUCGAUCCAUCGAUCAUUUUCUCUUUGAUCUCGGUCGAACCCGAAACGACACCGAUACCACGUGCACCGAUCCGGCCGCUCGUAAAUUCGCUUUCUUUCGCGAUCGAUAUCGCAAUUUCCGAUCGAUCGGGGCUCGAUCCCUUUUUAUAAAUAUUAAUAGCGAUCUCCGGACAACCACAGGCAACAAUAUCUCCGAUCCGUUCUCGAUCGCGGACCGUUCGUUUCUUCUCGUGGUUAGAUUUAAUAACAGCGCCGGAUCUCGUCCGCUCUUCUUGUUUCGCGCGAUACAUAGUCGUCGAACACGGAGCUCGUUACCUAACACUUUCUUUCGCCGAUUUACAGAUCUUACGCAUCCUUCGGUCGUUACAGCCGCGCGUCUCUAGCUCGUAAAUAUUUAUCGCGAUAACGAUAAACUCUUCCCGUUUGCUGUGCGCGCGUUCGCUGGAUCCGACGCGAUCGUUCGAUCGACCGCUCUAUCCGAGAGAAAUACCGGGGCAGAUUUAAUCGACCCGCCAGGAAUUUCGUCGGUUUUCCGUCGAAAUAUUUAACGAUAGCCUGCGCCUUGUCUGGCCUGCUCGAGAGGGUAGAUAUCUCGACGGUGAAUUCAGGGGAUUCGAACGAUCGAAACCGCAUCGGCCGCGUACAGGCCGUGUACAGGCCGCGUACAGGCCGCGUACAGGCCGCGUACAGGCCGCGUACAGGCCGCGUACAGGCCACGUUCCCACAUGUUUCCACAUGUUUCCUCUUGUCCCACGCGUCGCCGACGUCUGUCAUCGGAAGGGCCGAUCACGAGGACUGCUGCCUCUGGUCGCCUCUGGUCUCCUCUGGUCGCCUCUAGCGAGCACUAACUGCUUGAUAGCAACUGCUUGCAACAGCAGGUGCCCGCCCUUGAUACCCUUAGCGCCCAGGCAGCCUGUUAGUUCCCUCGAAAAACCGUCACAGCGACAUCCCCGUUCCUGGGGAAAACCCUCUGUUUCUUUUCCGUCGCAUCCCGCUAACGAGCUCCAUCGUCAUUAACCAGGCUUCGAUCGUUUUACAACGGAACUCGACUCACCCCCGCGACUCCCGGUGCCGACAUUUUCCUAGAAUCUUUAACGCGCGAGAAUACCAGAAAAUCCCACCGAUUUCCUCGGCCCUCGAUCGAGGAAAUAUAGAUCGAUCGUCGGUCGUUGCUGUUUCGAUAUCUUUGCGUUUCGCAAGACCCGACCUUGGUACGCCCGAUUCGUGAGCACGAUGAUUCAUUUGUAAUUCGUUUUCAAAUCGUGAUAAAUCGUUGUCAACGAGUUCGCUGACUCAUGUAAUUGAUUUAUUUUAUUUUAUUUUUUCUUAUUUCACCUCAUUUUAUUUCAUUCGAACGGAAUAACCCAUUAGCAUACACUGCAAUUAAUCUCUAAUAAAUCUAUCGAACAAAUGAUCCGCGAGCCUACGAAAAAAUUCAAACACGCGCGCGAGAUUUCGAUUUCGAGAAUCGGCGGAUCGAGAGAUCGACUAUAUCGAGUAUGCGCGUUCGAGAAUCCGAACGAUCGAAAUGCCGGCGAAUCGAAUUUAUGAAUCGGGAGCGGGGUCCCUUGUCGAAUAAUAGCCGUUGUAAUGGUCGAAAUCGUCGAGUAAUCGAUAGGUUGCCGACUUUAACGAUAUCGGAGAUACGCGCAACCGUCGCGACGCCGUUAGGAUUAGACCGUCCUCUCAAGGUUUAGUCGAAAGGCGGGAUACGAGCGUAUAUCGGCGGGCGGCGCGUAAUUGGCCGAGGCACGCGAAUAGUUUCGACGAAUUCUUUUGGAAACCGGUGCGCGAAUAUUUGCCGCGCGUAAUUUGCGUAAUCGUCGAGCGAUUUUCGAAUUGCGAAACGAUUACGGCGCCCGGCCAUGUUGAAAUCUUAUCGUCGGAUCUGCGCCGCGCGGAUCGCCGGCGUACAUGCGACUGUACGCGGAGAAUAUACGCAUCUCGGUCGAUCGAACGAAUUAGAAAGGGAAACCGAGCAAUCGAUUUUACCGUUACGGUCGUUAAACGAAACGUCGAGCUCGCGGCGAGCGAUUCAGCGGUAACGAUACCGAAGCCGUUUUAGGUUAUGGAAUCAGCGGUCCGCUCGAAAUUGCACUUACCGGGACGGUUCGCGCGGAGAACUGCGAUCCUCCGGUGUGUCCCGUUCGCGAGAAGCUGUCCGUUCAUCGACGAUCCGGUUUCUCCGUCCCUCGAUACCGAAUCUUGACGAUUUCGAUCCACCGUCCGCGAACAACGAUCGACGAUCGCAGCCAAGAUCCAGGAUCGAAGAAGGCGCGCUAAAACUGCGCCGUACCUUUCGUUUCGACCACCGCGCAUUACCGACGCGCACGCCGCGACGCGAUUGGUCGAUCAACGAAAAUUCACGGCCUUUCGCGCGCCCGCUAUUACUUACGAAUUUACUUUACCAACUGCGAUAAAGAUUUCUGCGCGGAGCGGCGCGGCGCGGCGCGGCGAUUCGAUUUAUCAUUACUUCUAAUUGUUCUUGUUCUUCUUCCCUGUCCUUCUCCUCUGGCAUUGCUUUUAAUAUUUGCCACAAUUGUUAUUUUUCCAAUCCUAUUCUAAUCCUCCAGCGUUUAGACUCCGUUAUUCGAAUUUCUCUCGUCGAUCGAAAUAACCCAACGAGAUCGUACACAUUCUGCUUCCAAUUUCGCCAACUAACGAACGUCCUUCUGUCGUCGAACCUGUCAAUCGGGAGCACAAUAGUUAUGCUUGCUCAUUUUGUUCGGACAAAAGCAACGAUGGAAAUAAAGCCCGCAGUCUCGAAGGGUUGGGGAAACCAUGAACGUCGCGUUGCUGACGAUAUUUGUCGCGUGUUCCGCGGCGGAAACGUGCAUCCGAUUCCUGCAAAACUCCGAGGAGAAGACGAUCUUUCGCACGAUACCUGGACAAGUGUGCCGAUGGAACAGAUUCGCGCAACAGUUCGAGGAGAUCGAGGCCGUCCGGCUGAACGGCACGGCCGUCUGCAGCGUGGGAAUGUCGGACGAUCUGCGGGGAAAGACCAUCGUCGUCGCCACGGACACCAUGCACCCCUACGUGACGAGAAGCUCGAACGACGCGUCGGUGAGCGGCUUCAUAGGGGACAUAUGGACGACUCUGGAGCAGGUGCUGGGAUUCAGGACGAUUUACCGAAAAGCGGGACCGUCGGCCAGCCAGACGCUGAUGAAUGGACAGGCUCACGCACUGCUGGUGGCCACGGUGAUUUAUUCGGACACCUCCGGUUAUUACAGUUACAGCACGCCGAUCACCACCAUCUCAUACGCCCUGUUCGUCCAGUCCGACGGAACGAGGGUCUCCCAACAAUGGUACACGAACGUGUUCAGCCGAGGUCUAUGGUGGACGAUCCUGGCGUACACCCUGGCCACCGCUGCCAUCGUCGCCGGAACGCGCUGUCUUCGAAAGUUCGCGCGGACCGGCCGGUCGGAGAACGACCGCGAGUUCUCCUCGGCGUCCUUCGACUUGCUGGUCGUCUUGGGCUGUUUGAGCGGUCAAGGUAAAACGCUGUCGCGCUGCUCCGCGACUUCGAAGCUCGAAACGUUCGAGUCUCGCGAUCCGUUCGUUUCAGGCUGCCAAAAGGCACCGACCGCCUGGUCCCUCCGACUGAUCGUGCUGUCCGAUCUGAUCGCGGGAAUGCUGCUGGCCGGAGGAUUCAGCAGCACGCUCACCUCUCACCUGGCGAUACGAGGGAACUCGGUCCCGUUGAGCAGCCUCGAGGACGCUUCGCGGAAGCGGAGUCACUCGGUUUGCGUGAGAAACGACAGCAGCGCCUACAUUCGCUUCACCGUGGACGGAUCGCCGAGGGGCGAGCUGAAGAAGGAGUGGAGGGACCUGGUGAACAACGAGUGUCCCGACAUGAGGAACGCGACCGCGUUGGACUCGAGACGGCUCUGCGACCGCGGUUUCGCCUACCUGGAGGUUCCGGACGUCUUUCUGCCGAUUUACCGGAGAGCUCGAACAGAGUGUCGCAUCGUGAGGACGCCCGGCAGCUAUUGGAGCCUGAAAAUCUCGUUCCUGCACGCCAGAUUCGGAGAUCACCGGCGUUUGAUAGACACCUAGUAAGCAGACCGGCAAGUUCUCGAACGAGUUCCACAGCCGCGACGAAAGAGUGAUUCGUAAGUUUUCGUAGCCUGAUGCGUCUGCGCUCGGCGGGAAUACUAAAGUACCUCGAAGCGAAGUGGACGUCGAAGGGAACGGAGGACUCCGAGGUGGAUCGGUCGACCUUUCGACCGGUCGAGUACGCUCACGUUCAUCCGUUGCUUCUAGGACUGGUCUACGCGACGCUGUUCAGCUCGCUCGUAUGCGUCCUCGAGAAUCUUUGGUACGUCGGAGUCUCGCGACGAAUCAACGCUCUCGCUCGUUAUUGAAUUUCUUCUUUAUUUGAUUUACACGUGCGUCAUUGGUAAAUAUCUCGAAUAAUGUAUAGCAUUGGAUGGCGCGACUCGGAAGAAUCUCGUCGCGCUCUAAGAACUACUCGCACAAAAUUGAUCGAUGAUCGAUCUCGCGCGAUCGAUCGCGCCGCUGCGCGGUUCGCUGGCGGUGUAGCUAAUCGACGUAGCGCACAAGGAAAAAAGGCUCUCCGUUAGUUCGUUAUCUCACAGCAAACCAGUAUAAAAAGGAACCGCUCGAAGCAUCUCGCGCGCUCAAAAGUAUACGUAGAAUAUAGAACGUCAGCGAUAUUCGGCUCGGCCUCUAUCGACUAUACUCAACGAUAUUCUGAAACAAUGAAAAAUAAAGAUUCACGGCACAUGGUUAACAGA